AUGGCUCUUUCACUUUACCUCGAUGAUGAUGAUCCCUGGAUCAUUGAGCAGCAAAUCUUCGACAUUCUGAAUGAUUAUCUCCAACCAAAGAGCAAUAUCACGGCGGCGGCGGCAGCUCAAUCAAUCGAUAAUCUCUUCCCUGUAAAUCGACAGGACGACGAAGAAAAAGAAGACCCAGGAAGUUUCCUUUGGCAUCUCUGGGGUCGAUUCCACAGGACCGCUCAACAAAUUCCCCACGCACAUCCGGCCCAGGACAAAUUGGCAGCUCUUAUCAAAUGCCUUCGCUCAUUCCCAUCCCGUACCCCAGUGGUCUAUUUGUCAUCUUGGGAUGCUGAAUAUAAACUAUGGGAAGAUUUACCAUUGUUGGGGCCGACUUUUCAGGAAGAAUGGGAUGUUAUUGGAUUGACCGACCAGGAAGAAUGUCAACGUAACCGCAACCUCAAUGCAUAUGCUGCCCGUAUAUUCCGAGAUGGCUCAGCAAAUUUAGAGCUCUUUGCCAUUCGAGCACUUGCUGCUGCCCUAGAGGGUAGGGCAGUCUACCGUCAUGCCCAUACAACUGCCCCUCAAAUUGAGGCAUCAUUCACGCCUGGACUGGAGCUCGACUCCCUGGUCAGCAUUGCAGCUGACUGGGUCGCGCAUUGUGGUGAGAUACUGCUAGCUUUGAGUAGGAAGGGUGUAUCUUCUUCAGGGGAUCAUGGUGGUCCAUUGCGGGAAAAAGAACAGGGCUUCUCCUUGGAGCGCUGGGGAUUGUGGAAAGAGCGGUUCGCUGAAAUCAGUCGAACUGCUCACAUCAACGAGGAGACCAAGAGACUGGCGCAGGGCACGAGACGACUCAUGGAUGAGCUGGAAAAAAGCUGUUGA